AUGUGCCAGGAAGAAGAUGUCCAAAUGUUUUGUUUUCUCAUACCAGAUAUAUACACUCAAUUUCCAAAUAUUGCUGUUGGAAAUGCAGAACUGUUAAACCUCAUUGUUUCUUGUAUAGAUGCCUCCCAGCUUCAAGACCUUAUCUGCCAUAUUCUUCAAGGUUAUAUGAUUCUCUUUCGUAAGGAAUCCUUUCUCUCCGUUCUUAUUUCUUGCUUUUUUUUUUCAGCACAUGCAGAAGCUUUAACCAGUAUACUGCUUAUGUUAAAAAAAGAAAAACCAUCAGCGGAGUUGCUUAGACAUAUUAUGAGUCGUCAGGUUCGAUCAAAUGACCAUUUUGUUGUGUCAGUGCUUAAGUUUUGGUCCCAAGAACAUGAAGAAAAACUAGCUGAGCUUGUAACUUCUCAACUAUCUAAAGUUGCAUCUAUAACAAACAAGCGAAAAAGAAAUCAAUCCAUCAAGUCUCAAGUCCCAUCUAUUGAUCAAACAUUAGCGCAUUUAGACCAGCUUCGACAGCAUUGUAAACAAAUAUCGUUCUUCAAUCAAGAAACAAUACAAUCCUCUUUAUUUCAAGUCCAACUUUCAUGCAGUGAAGCACAGAAAACCAAGUUUAGUGAUCUGUUUGCUCUAGCAGAAGAACUAGAUAGUAUAAGAACGGGUAAAUCAACUCGAGGAAAAGGAAAGGGAGCAUCUAAAGGGUCUACAAAAUACAAACAACCGGCACUCAGUGUUAGUGAUGGUAGAUCCUCCGAUGAUGAAGAAAUGCUUAAACCAAAACCAAGGAAAAAGAAAAAAACAGCUCUAGUUGGAUCUGACAGUGACUGAAGCCAAAUCAACGAAAGAAGGACAACUUUCAGACUUCCGUAGAAGCUCUCAUGCUUCUAAUGUCCAAGAAGUUUCCCGUGAGGGAUCAUCGUGAAGGGGAUGAGAAUGUGGAUGAUGAGAUCACACUCUCCUUUUACAGUGAGGAGUGGCCACACAAAGGGCAGCAGCAUACGGAGAGGCCACACAACGGGCAGCAGCACACUCCUCCCGAGGAGAAGAAAAGGCAUCAACCUAGUCAAUUCGGGACAAGAAAUCAACUGUCUAAAUAAAUAAUAACUUUAAUUUAUUACCAAGGGUUUUUUAACUGUUAUCUUUUAUUUUUAAAGGUGGUUUGUUUAGUCAUUUCAUUAUAGUUUAAACAUUCUAACCAAGCAAAGAGAGUAUUGUCUUAGCUAAGAGGAGGAGAGUUUAAGUAUACAUGUGUGGUUGUAAGUUUCAGAUUAUGACUAUGACACAGCUGUAUGUCUGAGGUGUAGAUACUACACAGACUGAUGAGUUAUUGCUUUUGCACAGUAAACUAAGAUUUGGACUUCAGCUGUAAUGAACAGUUUGUUUAAUUUGGAUGUUGCUUACAGCACUGUCAAACAAAAAUGUGUGGUUUUUAUCAAGAGAAAUCAUCUUUUUAAGUCAAAACUUUUAUAGAAAAAGCAAAAGAAUUUUUAUGCAAUUGGAUAAAAAAAUACAUACUUUAUCAUUGCAUUUUGUUUCUUUUGGAACGUCAAACUGGACAACCAUUAAAAAUAAUGUUAAAAUAAACCAGUGAACAAAAAAGUAGAAGCUACAAAGUGUAAGGUUACACUUACCAUACUUGAGUAAAAUAAGUGUAACUUACUUCAGAAAUAACCUCAACAUUUUUAGUGCUUAAAAAUUUUACACUUGGAUAUAAUGUAGAUAAAAAACAUGUUUUGUGUACGUUGUUGGUUUGUCCCAUUAAUGUGUGUGUAAUUUAAUCAGAUGCCUUCAAGUUUCCAGCCCUCUACCGACAAUAAAUAAAAUCAAAAAUGUUAGAUUAAGGGUAAAAAAAUUUGAACUCUUGACAAGAACAUAUUUAAUAUUUUUUUACUUGUUUUUCUCUGGAAAAGCUUUAUUGUACUAUUGGAAAGGGCUAAAAUUAAAAAUUCAUACAUGAUACAAAAACUGGAUUUCCAACA